UUACAAUUUUGCAUGCAAGAUAAGAUUCUUCAGUUAAGACCACUCAUUACUUCUGUGAAAUUUUCAGGAAAGUGAAAGUACUGUUUCAAAUUGUGAAGAUGUAGUAGGUAAUGGAGGAUCUGCUGAAUGUUUACUGCAGGACACUUCACUGGUGCCAACGGUGCUAACUCCAAAUGUCACCCCAGCCAUGACACCCUCUCAAAGCCAGCAUACUGCUUCAACAACAGAUUUGGAUAAGAAUGCUCCAAGCAUUGACAACCUUCUGCAACCAGAAGGUGAUGGCAGUAUCACAAGUAUUGAAGCUAUUGGAAGCAGUGUCAAAGACAGACUUUUAGCUGAAGAAACGCAUUCUAGGCAGAGUAUGAACAACCUUUUAGAGACCAGUAGUACAGCAUCUGAUAGUAUGCGUCAUAACAGUGCCAUCUUUGUGGAUAAUGUACAAGAGGAAGCGAAUGAACAGACAAAACCUUGUAGAGAUGAUCAAGAUAAUGUUAAUGCAUUAGAUACAGGAGAUUCAACUCAUUCAAUUGGUGGCAAUGAAUCAGGAGAUGAAAAAGCAGCUUCCAAAUUACUUGGAAGUGAAGGUAUGCAGACCAGCGGAAGUAGUGAAGGAGGUGGUGGCCAAGUGGUAUUUAGUGAAGAAAUGCCCGAAGGUCUCGACUCAUAUGUCACACUAACGGGUACCAUCAAGCGUGGAAAGAAGAAGGGACAAAGUAUUGAUGUGAAGGUUAAUCUGUCUCGGGAAGAACUGGAUGAUCUAGAAGCAUCAAUAACACAAACUUUGGGCCCUGACAAGCCAAAGCCAAGUUGCUCACUGCGAUAUGGUCCCCACAUUACUCUUUUUUCAAUCAUUUGCUUCCCUUUCGUCUUCCUCAUAUCGGCAGCAUACUCCUUCUACCUAGGAACUCUCACGUGGUAUAGCAUGUUGACGAGAGCCACUGAAGCCCGUUGCCUUCUCAAGAUCUUGUUACCACCUGUGCUAAUCUUACUGUAUCCAUUUCUGAUUCUUAUUUUUACAAUUGGUCUGGGACUAUAUGGAGCCUUUGUCCAGAUUUCCAUAUCAUAUGAUUCUUGGUGGUGUGAUGUUAGUGACCCUGAGAAAGGGUUUUACGGAUGGCUAUGUUCCUUACUUCAUGUUGAAGAAUGUGCACCGUAUGAGACUGUAGUGUUAAUGACAGAGCCUCCACAUACCAAAAUCCAAGACAAUUCUGUGUAAGGAAUUUGGGCGUGCUGUCUCCAUGAUAACAGUCACUGGUAAAGCUUUGACUAAGUAUAAGGUAUUUUGUAUAUGUGAUCUGUGACAUUCCAAAUAACUUUUUAUAAUUUUAUAAUGAUUAUUUAAGUAUUUCCUGCGAUAGUUUUAUCUUGUUUUAUUAGACUUAAAAGAGAGUAGUGAUAGAUUAGAUACCAUGAGUAUUGAAGAGUUGGUGAUAUGUACAUUUGCCUUAUCGUUAGCUAACUGUGAGAUCUUGUUUAAGUAUCUUACAUUGGAAAGUCUUUGUAUAUUUCUAAGUUCAUUUUAUACCAAAUUAGUAUAUAUAGUAGUUGCCAUUCUGUAUAUAAUUAGAGAGGUAAUGUCUUCAUGCUCAAAUUUUUUGUAUUUCACUUUAAGAGCUCCAUAACUGCCAACCACACAAUUGAUAUAUUAUCAUUGGAAUGAGAUUAUUUUGUGAAUUAUGAUAAGUUGUAUGUA